AUGUAUUCCUGCGCAAACUAUCCUCGUGGAUGCCGCGGCCGUGUGAACAGACAAGGAGCGAAAUGCUCUGAUUGCGUUUCUCUAAAUUUGCGCCGUCCAGCUUUCGCUUCACCAUUCGCCCAACCACGCGACUACAAGCGAGCGCUGCCCUCCGAGCUCUUUGAUAAUUCAUCCAAGGCGCCCGAGCUUGAGCUGUAA